UUGAUAAAGAUAUAAUGUCAAAUUUGAAUGAUGUAUAUAGGAUCUCCCUUGAUUCGUUAGCGAGUCCUGAGGGUUAUCAGGAUUUCUUCAGGAUCGUCUUACGGUCUCCUAACCGUUUUUUAUGAGCUUUCCCCCUCGUUUCUGCUUAGGCACUUCCUACAUUCUAGUACCUACGACAUAACUUGCUUUCCCUAGACUCCACGGUAAAGUUCCAAAAGCAAAUAACGGUUCGAUACGUAUUGUAUCGAAAUAAAAAAGAUUUUCUGUAUUCCUGUGGAAUACUUGAUUCGUACGGAAGGGUUAAAGGCGCGAAAUGGCAGGCUCGUCAAGAUUUUUCCACGUAUGACACGAGCCUCGAGCUUCCUGUUGCUCGUGCUUGGUAGUCGUUAGUCAAGAAUGUGCGAGGCGGAGGACCAACGAGUGACGAGCACGAGAAAUGAUUAAUAUAAAUCCUUGGACCACUCCUUUCGCGAUUCCUCGAGUACGCCCUCUCCUUACCUCGCUACCUGACUUUUCCGCUUUAUCGUAGGCCUCGCUUCCUUUCCAUUCAUUCGUUGUUCCGUUUCUUCCAAAUUCAACGGAAUCGAACUCGAAGGCUCGGUAUAUUUUGUCAACGAUCUUUCGAAAAUUUCAGUGUUUCAAGAUGUUCGCGUCGAUAUACGAAUGAACGCGUUCUAUUUGCAGGACAUCUUCGGUUGAAAAUUUCGAAAAGAGGCUUUUUCGAUACUCGUAAGCGGAUGUAAGGGACAGAGGAAAGCGGGAAAAGCGUCGAUAUUGCUCGAGUUCGACUAGGAGUAACUAGAGAGUGGCAAUUCUCUGUUGUUUAUUCGCAGCUUUCCCCACUCGUGGCAAGUGUUUUCGCCUCUUUAGUCUUUGCUGCGCGUAGUGCCGGUCCAAACAUCGACGAGCGAACGUACUCGGCGACGAGCUUUAUUCUCUUCGAUCGGUGGUGCUUGUUUCGUGAAAAACGAUUCUAUCCCGUGUGAAUAUCAUGUCAACAGUUUUGAGAAUUCUUUUCGUCUGUUUUCUUGCGGUGAUCGCGAUGACACACGCGAAACCCACAAUUUACAAAAGAAAUCAGGACAACGUUUUCGAACCGGUGAUGGUACCAGUUUCAUCCACGGUAAUCCCUCUUCCGGUUUAUAAGGUUGAAUACGGUUUGGGAUUCAUAUCGAAGGAUAAAAAGGCCCAGUCAUCGUUCAAGCCAGAGGGUGGACUAAAACUUAUAACGAUUAAGAAGAAUCAAGAGAAAAAGAACAUGAGGUAAACGACGACGGGUACGAGUUACCAACUGACAUCUCCUCGAGCUCAUCGUGAUAAAUUUUUCUGCGUUUUCGAAGACUACGUCGAUGAGAUAGUAAAUUUGUUAACGUUGUACGUCAGCGUACGAUUGUAACUGUAAUUCACGUAGAUUGUAAGUUAAUUUUGUUUACAAAUGUGAGAUAGAGAUACGUUGAAUAUUGCGUUUCACGCAGUAACAGAAACUUCACACCAAAAAUUAAUUUACCUCUAUGAUUAACGUUAGUUAAUUCUGUUUUCUUUUUUUGUAAAUUUAUUAACAGCUAUAAUACGCGAACGUAAAAUCAAAACUUUUUAAACCAAAUUGUAGCAAGUAUGAAGACAAAAUUUGUUAAGUUUUUGUAUUUAAUUUGAAAUAUA